CUUUGAAACAUCGUAUGUUGCUACGGGACCCUUUUACGUGGACGUACAGAUUUGUCGUCAACACAAAAACAACUCAAGCGACGUGCCUCGCGAGCUCUCGAGCGGCGACGGACACCAGCCGAGGAUGAACGUGAACCAGGGCCAGGGGACGGUGGGCAGCGACCCGGUCAUUCUGGCCACGGCUGGAUACGACCACACGGUCCGGUUCUGGCAGGCCCACAGCGGGAUCUGCACCAGGACGGUCCAGCACCAGGACUCUCAAGUGAACUCUCUCGAGGUCACACCUGACAGGAGUAUGAUUGCAGCUGCAGGCUACCAGCACAUCCGCAUGUACGACCUGAACUCCAACAACCCCAACCCGGUGAUCAACUACGACGGUGUCAGCAAGAACAUCACGUCCGUGGGCUUCCACGAAGAUGGACGCUGGAUGUACACGGGAGGAGAGGACUGCAUGGCUCGCAUAUGGGACCUCAGGUCAAGAAAUCUACAGUGUCAGAGGAUAUUCCAGGUCAACGCUCCGAUCAACUGCGUAUGCCUGCAUCCCAACCAGGCAGAGCUCAUUGUUGGAGACCAGAGUGGAGUGAUUCACAUCUGGGAUUUGAAGACUGACCACAACGAACAGCUGAUCCCCGAGCCGGACGUCUCAAUCAACUCGGUCCACAUCGAUCCAGACGCCAGUUACAUGGCAGCGGUUAACAGCUCAGGAAACUGUUAUGUGUGGAACCUUGCCGGAGGCAUCGGAGAUGAGGUGACUCAGCUCAUCCCAAAGACGAAGAUCCCCGCACACAAACGCUACGCCCUCCGCUGCAAGUUCAGCCCCGAUUCCACUCUGUUGGCCACCUGCUCAGCAGACCAGACGUGUAAGAUCUGGAGAACGUCCAAUUUCUCCCUGAUGACGGAGCUGAGCAUCAAGAGCAACAAUCCUGGAGAGACAUCCAGAGGCUGGAUGUGGGACUGUGCUUUCUCCGGAGACUCCCAGUAUAUCGUCACUGCCUCCUCGGACAACCUGGCCCGCCUGUGGUGCGUGGAGACGGGGGAGAUCAAGAGGGAGUACAGCGGCCACCAGAAGGCCGUGGUGUGUCUGGCCUUCAAUGACAGUGUGCUGGGCUGAGGACGAGGAACGAGGACAUGAGAAGCAAUGGACUCUUUUUGGAAGAUGCGCCUCACUCUGGGAAUUAUGAAUGAUCUUAUCGAUAAAGUCCAAGCUUUGUGUUUGAGCAUUACGAUGAAUCUCAGCUGUGUGUUCCAGGAUAUCUACAGUGCUCCAACAGUGCCAAAUACAUGCAAGUAUGCACUGCCAAGCCAACCAAAAAUGUAAAUUCAUGUCGGAAAAUCCAUCUUAAAGGGCCACGCACACCAUUUUGCACCAAAUUUAAUCGGUCGUGCAGGAAAGCUUGUGUAUAGAAAGUUUUAAGCGUGAUUGAAACAUGUUUAGCCUUCAUUCCCGAACAUCCCUCUGUGCACAAAAAGUAGAUCCUUCCCAACUCUUUGUUUUUAAAAUCGUGUAUUUAUUGCAUCAGGACGCAUCACGUCCACGUGGUUUUUAUUUCUCAUCCGCGGCACACGUACAAUUCAUUCGAUGCUCUGUGUUCAAAGUUAAGUUGCGCUUCCCUAAACGAUCACGUGGGGAAGUGUCGAGAGAAACGAUGUACGGAAAAUGAUCCUGCUGUAAAGACGUCGUUCAAAGGA